GUACAGUUGGCUUCAUUGAGUAAAGUAGUCAAUAUGUCAUGAAUAUUUUGACAAUCUUUACUAGCAAUAACUCUUUUCUCGUGACUUCAUUUAGUUGUUUCUAGAUAAUGUUGCUUUUGUUGAUGCAUAUGACUUAAUACACACGCUUUCAAAUUUCGAAUGUUUUGUUGUAUAGGUUAUGAGAGUCCGUUUGAUUUGUCAAUUAUUCCGUUUUAGGAAUGAGAUUGAUUUCUAAUUGUGUCGGUUUUUAGAAAGCCCUUUAAAAAAGAUCCCAAUCAAGAUGUUCGGGUCAAGUUCAGUGACUAGUGCCUUCACUCAUUUGAAGGCUUCAUCCAACUCAGUUGUUUUCGAAGCUCUCGUAAUAAUACGUAAAUUCAUAGCCAAAAACGAACGUAAUGUAAAAGUGGUGCGUGAAAAAAAUGUUUUGAAAGAUCUUGUAAAUAUUCUUGGCAAAUCUAAUGAAAAGAAUUUGGAUAUUACCCUAAGCAUCCUUGGCAACUGUUGCUUGGAAAAUGAAAGUAGAAUCGAGCUGUUGCAUCUAGGAAUUGUGAAAGCAGUUGUCACAGUCUUCAACAGCACUGGCCGCGAUGCCAUUCAAGGACGGGCUUGCAGAGUAAUUGGGAAUCUAGCUCUGACCUAUACCAUAGCUGUUGAACUUCAUAAAGAGAAUGUGAUUAAUAGUUUGAUAAAUCUUGUGGACUCAGGAGGAAAUAACUCUAUUGCUUCACAGCAAAUGGCUGUACGAGCCCUCAGAAUUCUGUGGGCUGUGGAAUCUGAAAGAGUUGCAAUGUUAGACUUAAAUGUAAUUCAAAAAGUUGCCAUGCUUUUAACAACACCCUAUGAAAAUAAAGAACAAAAAGAACUCUUAAAAACUGUAAUUAAGGCUCUUACAGUGUUCACUCAUCGCUGUUCUGAGCAGUGUGCUUUUCAGGUUCAUGCAGAUGGUUCAGUACUUCAGACUUUACUAUCUUAUUUCUCAAAAGAUGAAAUAAAAUCAUCUGUCAUUAUUUGUGUUUACAACUUAUGUCACAUUGGUAGUUCAAGACCUAUAUUAGGAAGUGCUGGUGUUGUGAAAAUUAUUGUGAAAGAAUUGGCUGUGUUGAGCUUCCAGAUGUCUGAGCCAACUGAAUCUCAAAGUGCUCUGAUAUCUUGUCUUUGUUUACUUUGCCGUGAAUCAGUAAAUCGUGCGAAAAUUAGAAGAGCAGGAGGUUUACCUAUUAUUCUUUCAAUUUUAAGAGAUUGUCCAAAGUCUUCACUUCAAACAACUGCACUUCAUGCUCUGUUACUCUUUGUAUAUGAUGAAGUAAGUUUACAAGAACUUUUGAAAGAAGGGUUGAUCACUGUUUUAGUGACAAAAUUAAGUGAGUUUGUGAAAAGCCAUGGCUCAGAACACAGUCAUGAAGUUAUGAAUGUAGCAAAAAUCCACAUCCAUUCAAAAAAGAGGCAUUUGUCAUCAGAUUCUAAUUCUAUUUUUUCAAAUAAAACCGACGAAGAAGGUAAUGUUGAAACAUCAGAGAAGAGUAAACAAGCUUCAGAAGUAAAUGAUGUGUCAGAUACAAAAAACAGUUCUGAGAAUUGGAAAAGAUUUCGCAUCAGUAGCCCAAGUUAUCAAGCUGUGGUGCAAGAAAUUGGAUUUCCGAAAAGGAGUAAUAAAAAAAGCUGCAACAGCUCUGGUAUCACAAGUCCUACUCAUUCAGGAGACUUUUUAUUAAAAAUGAAUAGCCCUGAACGAAGUGUUGGAAGUGAUAGUUACCAAAUGGGGGACUGGAGUCCUGGAAGUCCAAGAAGUAUGUGUUUUUCUCCUGAAUCAUCUCCUGCUUAUGGAAGACAAUGGAAUCUAUCUCCAACAUCUACGCAGACAUCACCAUUUGAUGUGUGGUCAUCUACAUCAUCUCCUGUAUCUCACAGUUCAAUUGACUGUGAUAUACCAGAAGUCUAUUCUCCAGUUUGCCAAGAUGCUCAAAGUGAUGAUGAUGGCAAUGAUGACAAUGAUAAUGGUGAUGAUAUUUGUAAGGGAAAUGAAUAUGUUUGCAUAGCACAUGUGUCAGACAAUAUCUCAGAGGAGUGUGAUUCAAAUACACCAAGCAUUCAGUGUGAUUCACCAAAUACUAAUUGGGAAAUUCUGUCAGAAUCAUCAUUUAAUGGAGGCUUGCUUUCCAGUAGAGAAGAGUCUGAUCUUUUGAUUUUAAUAUCCCGUGUUUCCCAUAUGGAAAUUGUGGUGGAAGAUUUAGUUCUUAAAAACACCUUGUCCACAUUACUAAAUUAUAUAAGAUUACUCAGAAACCCUUUGCCACGUGCUGGACGGAUUCUUGCAAGAAUUGUAAGGACUCACCAUUAUUUUAUUCAUCUAGUAUGUCAACAAUUUGUUUUAAAUAUUUAUGCCAGCCUCUGUGAGCCUUUGCACUCUGCAUGUGGUUCAUGUGAAAGACUGAAUUCAAUAGGAAAGAAUUUAAUAUCCAAAUUAUCCAUUGUAGCAGAAAGUGGUUUUGGUGAGGGAGAACUCUCUCACAAUUUAUUGAAAGCAGAAAAAACUAUUAGAGAAACUGUAGCAGUAACCGUCCCAUUUGUAAUCAAGACUCAUAAACUUUUAAGAAAAUUAUUGAUAGAUUGCAAAGGCCUAGAUAUACUUCAUGACAUGAUAAAAUCAAGUCCCAAAACUCCAAACUCUCUUUUCGAAUACAUUCCAAUAAGCCUCUCAAUAUUAGCUGCUUCUCUUCAAAUCAACUGUCCAGUUGAUUCUAAUUACCAAGGAAAUAAGCAUUUUUCAACAAAUAAAUUGGAAGCAGAAUUGAAGGAAUCCAUUUCAAGUGAUAGUGUUACUAUCAGAUUCGAUAAUGGUGAAGAAGUUACUACAAGUAAAUCAUUUUUAAGUGAGCAUUCUCCUGUAUUUGAAGCAAUGUUGCAAGGAAGCUUUAAGGAAGCAGAACAAGAAUGUAUCUCUCUUCAAGAUGUAUCUCCCCUUGCUUUCAGGCAUUUAUUGCAUAUAAUGAAAUUGGGAACAAUACCCUCUUCUAUUCCUAGUCUUACUUUAACAACUGCUCUGGAAUUGCUUUUGGUUCUUGAUAGAUUUUUACUUCCAGGCAGUAAAGAACUGUCAGAAUUAAUCAUCAAUCAAUUUUUGCAAGCUUGCAGUACUUUUGAUGUUUACAGUAGCAUAUUAGUGUACUCUGGAACUCUAGAAGUGUUUGAUAAUUUACGUAUAAAAACAAUUGAAUACUUAUUGGCAUCAAAUAUGAGUGUUAAAAAGCGAAGAGACAUCUUUAGUAAACUUCUGGAAAGUCAGUGUUCUUUACAAGUGGAAAAGGAUGUAUUUAAUGUUCUGCGUGAAGGACUUAUUAGGAAAUGCAAAUGAAAGCUGCAGAAGAAAUUGAAAUAUUAUGGUGUAAACUAUUGUAUAUAUACGGGUCACAUUAUGUAUAUAGUUACCUUAAAACUACUUACAAUAGUAAGUCCAGGUUGGCAGAGAAAUUAUAUGAUGUGCAACAAGUACAGGUUGUAAAAUUUAAUUUGUAAUCUUACAAACUUCAUAGAGAAGGGAAGGAUAUCACAAUUUGGUACAUCGUUGUUCGCGAAUUAGCCAAAAUGAAACAAUUUACACUAAGCAAUCUUUUGGAUUGAUUUGUAUGAAGUUGUAAAUGAUUGUAUCUUCAAUGCUUGAAAUUGUAAAUAGAUUGUAACAUUUUCAGAGUUAUGGUGAUGUUUGUCGGACUACCAUGUAAAAAAAAAAAAAGGGGGAAAGUGCCAUGAGAUGGCAUAACUUGAUAUCUGUUGUUUCAUACAUCAUUCAAAUGACUCCUGCAAUAUUAUGCACUAAAUGGAGGUUCUAAGGAAACAAAGAACCCCCUUUAAGAAGCUCUUGCAUUAAUAAAGAACAUAAUAUUUAUACUUCUUCAAAACAAGUUCAAGUUAUUCUUUGAUUUCAAUAUUUCCUUCAUUAUAAAUAUUCUGGUGAACAAAUUGCUUAAAAACCUUUUUUUAUUUUGGAAAGAACAAAGUAGGGUUACACAAACACACCCUCUUAUCAAGAGAUUGACCUUCCCGGCUUGUUGAUUAUGAGAUGGAAGGCAUUUAGUACACCUUUGAAUGUUGUACCCUCGUAACAACGUCUAAAUCAUUUUGUUGGGACUCCUCUCGAAGUUCCAAGAAUUUCCACUCCCAACUACCCCAUUGAAACUAGUGAAUUAAUGACUAAAUUACUGAUAUUUUACAAUUUGUAAUAUUAAGUAAAUUUAUUACCACCUAAAUGUAUUUGACACUGCCUCAAAGGAAGCACCAGAAUAUAAAAUUUUAAAGCUUAUUAUAAUGUGAUUCGGUGUUUUUAUUUCAAAAAUCUUUAUAAACUUGUGUCUUUUGGCCAAACUUAUCUACUAUAAUAAACAUUUCAAAUAGUAAAAGGAACCCUUUAACUUCUAUAGCCAAGAAAAAUCAAUGGUUUUGUUAUGUAAAAAUAUACAAUAAAUCCUUAAGUUUUGGGAACCGUCAUUUAGCACAACAUACAAAAAAUAUGGACCCAUCAUCUUGCUGGUUUCAAAUCAUUUCUAAUGUAUAACACAAGUUCGCCUGUAAUUAAAAUCACUACCUUAUGGUCGCUACAUCUCGCGUUUCUCAAAUAUGCUUCGCAGCAUUGAUGCACAAAUUUUAAUUAAGGUUUGUGGAUUGCUUGAAAUAAAAUACAAUACAUUGAGUUUACAAAUUGUAGAAUAGA